AGAAUUUAACUUCAGUGCUGUGAUCCCAAACUCUUACAAUCUCAGUGUGGAACCCAUCUCUCUCAUCUGGCAGACAAGGGCUCUCAGAGCAGGCAGGGUUUCAAGGGGAAAUGGCUGGUUUCCUCUCAGACCUGGUUCAAUACCGGAGGCUAUGGCUAAUGAUUGUGGUGCUGGGAAUUGGUGGAACCCACCUCUCUGGUUUUCAAAUGUCUGUGAUCAAUUAUACUUCUCUGUACAUUCAGAAGUUUAUCAAUGAAACUUGGCUGGAGCGAUACGGUUCUGUGCUGCCUCAGGAGACCCUGAUGCUGCUGUGGUCCCUCAUCGUGUCGGUGUACUGCAUGGGUGGGAUGAUAGGGUGUCUGUGUAGUGGCUACCUGGCUGCAAAAUUUGGAAAGAAGAAAUGCCUACUGCUCAAUGACUUGCUGCUAAUUACAGCCACGCUGCUCACUGGCUUCAGCAGGAGAGUCAAGGCUUUCGAGAUGAUCCUGGCUGGCCGCUUCCUUGAGGGCAUCGGUGCUGGAAUACAUAUGAAUGCCCAUGUUCAGUACGCUGGAGAGAUCUCACCUAAGAAGUUACGUGGAUUUAUAAAUGUGACCUCCACAGUGUUUCUUGCACUAGGAAAAACUGUAGCAAGAAUUCUUGGAUUAAGAGAUCUUUUAGGAACUGAAGACAUGUGGAACGUGCUAUUGUCCUUCUCUGGGUUGGUGGCAUUGAUUCAACUGCUCUUUUUGCCAUUCUUUCCUGAGUCCCCGCCCUAUCUCUUGCUGCAAAAAGAAGACAAAGCUGGUUGCUUGAAAGCCAUGAAGCAGCUCUGGGGAGAAGGCAAUUAUCACACAGAAUUUGAUGACUUGAUGAAGGAAAAGGCUAUAACAAAAGGAACCAAAAUCAUGAAUGUCCUGGAGGUGCUGCGAGAACGAUCCGUGUACCCACAGUUGUGCACCAUGCUCCUGCUGCUGCUGAGUCUGCAGCUCUGUGGCAUGAGUGCAAUCACCUUUUACACCUCAGAAAUUUUUCGGACAGCCAACCUGCAGGAAAGCAUAAUCCCAUAUGUAUCUCUAGGUGUUUCAAUCUCUGAACUCAUCUCUAUCAUAUUCUGUAGCUCCAUAAUCGAUCGGUUUGGACGCCGAACGCUCCUGUGUGGUGGUUAUUUGCUCAUGGCACUGAUCCUGGUGUUGCUUGAAACAAGCCUUCUGCUGAGUGAUCAGUUCCUCUGGUUGCGUUACUGCAGUGUUGUUCUCAUCUUUUUGUUCAUCAUUGCUUAUGGAAUAGGACCAGCUGGAGCUGUUGUGUCUGUCAUGAAUGAAAUCUUCACCCUCUCAGCAAGAGCCUCUGCUUUUGUAAUUGGUGGAAUCAUCAUUUGGCUAGGCCUCACCUUCACUGGAAUGAUUUUCCCCUUUGCUGUAAUGCUUCUUGGUCCUUUUUGCUUCCUCAUCUUUAUUGCUGUCCUGAUCAUUUCAGCGGUUCUUAUCUACCUGUUUCUCCCAGAAACAAAAGGGAAGUCGACCUCUGAAAUCACAGAAAAAUUCAAAACCUGCCAGUUUUUUAAGAGGAAACAUCAUCAGGCUGUGGAGAUGCAUGCUGCUGAAGAAAAGACAUUUUGCACCAAGCUCUGAUAAACCACCAUAAAUAAUUUCCACUGCUCAGGCAUAACACAUCAAUUGUAUUUCAAGUUUUUCUCCAUUGCUAUCAUUUUAAAGCAGCAAGAUUUGUGUCUAUGUUUCUUACUUUAUAAGCAAGUUCUGCUCAGGAUUAAGAGCAGCAUGAAGAUUGGAUUAAACAUAGCCACAGUUCUUGCAAACAAUUUUCAUGUCAUUUCUUUAUGCUAUCACACUGUAAAGGAGUUAGUAUUGCUUGUGAAUGCUGCCCAUGAACAAAUACCUGGUAGAAUACAAAUACCAGGUAGAGUAAGGCUCUGAUAGAGCACCAGUGUCUCCUGCAAGAAGCCAGGUUGCUUUGCUGGGCACCUCCUCUGCUCCAUGGCUUAAUGAACCUUUCUAUCUCAAGAAUUCAUCCUCCCACACCUCACCAAUGCAGAGUGCCAGACCUCAGGAGGCCUGUUCUCCCAAAUGCCCACUGUUGCUGCAUCUCUUGCAGUUACUGAUAAACCAGAGUAGAUUAUUAACCUGCCAGUAUUAAUGUUUGUGAGUUGUUUUAAUUCUAUCCCAAGGCCUUUCUCUUGUAACUCUGCAAGUGACAUCUCCAAUUAUUUUGACUGCUCACCCUACUUAUCUUGCCUUCAGGAAAGAAGAAAAUUGUAACUAUUUUAUUUAUAUUGUUGUUUCACACCUAAAGACUGGAGUGUAUCAUGUCACAGUAAACAAACAAACUGGAUUUCAUGAAGUUAAGCUUUGCUUUCAUUGCCAUCAUGUUCAAAAUGCUGUAAAAAGGAGGAGCGAAAAAAAUAAAAUAAAGUUUUCUUUGAUUUAUUUCCAGGAAAACCUCA